AUGGAGAAGAAGGAUCGCGAAUCGAGUCGCGCCGAUGACGGAUUAAUCAGCCAGCUUCCCGAGAAUGUGAUGCAUACCAUCCUCACGCUGUUACCCAUCAAAGAUGCAGCAAGAACAGCUAUCCUGUCAAGCACAUGGAGGCGCCAUUGGAGAAGCAUCCCUCAGCUCGUGUUCGACGAGGAUGGUUUCGCAGCGCGACGAAUCGACGGAUCGCUGAUUGCACCGAACAAGCUAAUUCUGAACAUUUACAAGUCUCUCCUGGUUCAUGAUGGGCCAAUUGCCAAGUUUGUGCUUGCAGUUCCUGUCUUGACACCCUGCAACGAGAUUGAUCACAUCGUUCUUCAUCUCUGUAGCAGAGGCGUACAGGAACUCACCCUAGUGUUUUCCAGGGAAGCCAUUACUAACCUUUAUUACAAGCUGCCUUCUUCCUUGUUCAGCAGUACUGCUGCUCUUCACCUCAAUCGCCUGAAACUGGGAUGUUGCUUGUUUGCUGUGCCGCCAUGGUUUGUUGGGUUCAGUAAGCUUACAGAUCUCGAGUUGUGUAGAGUGAGCCUGCAGUCGGAUUUCUUUGAGAAUUUCCUUCCCAAGUGUCCUCUGCUCCAGGGAUAUCAAUUGCAGGAAUUCUGCUUCAAGUCUGCUCCACUUCUGGUAGUACUCAUCCUCGAUUUGGAUGUGGUCCAAAAAGUGAACCAGUUGGUAGCUUCUCUUGCUUCUCUGCCUGCACUCAAGAACUUGUGUCUUUUAUCUGAUCCCAUCAAUGUAGCUGCUAAAGGAGGUCAUGAUGUGAUGAUGUUCCCUAGCAGGCUCCCCACGCCGCUUCACCGGCUGCAGUUCCUCCUCAUCUCUCGGACUCGUGCGCUCUUCGACAGCUUGGAGAUGGAGCGCCUUCUUGUUUGUCUGAUCAUGAGCUCUCCCAACCUACACACCCUCAUCAUACGGCGCGAGGUUAGCCCGCUGCUCGAGGACCAGCCUGCGGACAAUUUGGCGACUGGCAUGGGGAGAUUGUUAGAAGAAGAAGAAGAUCACAGUGGUGGUGGACCACCACCAUGUUUGCAGCAACUCAGAGAGUUUGCCAUUGAAGGCGGCAUUGGGGCGCCGCUCGAGCUGGAACUCGCGAGGUUCGUACUGGCCACAGCACCACAAUUGUUGAAGAUUCAGAUCAGGCCUUCUCGUCUGUUGUGCUACGAUGAUGUUACCAAGUUUAUGAAGGAGGUGAUGCGAUGUAAGCGUGUUUCUUCUGAAGCGCGAGUCGUAUAUGCCUGGGACGGCGAGCAGGAUUGA